UGCCCAUCUCGACACUCGCACCGCUCCUGUCGGCCGGUCUUUCUCAGUCCCCCCUCGCACCGCAGCCACUGUCGAAGCCAUGUCGUCAUUUCGACUGCUCCACGUUUUGCGCCCCUUCAUCUCGAUGAUGCCGGAGGUCGCCUCCCCUGACCGCAAGGUCCAGUUUAAGGAGAAAGUGAUGUGGACCGCCCUCACUCUCUUCAUUUUCCUGGUCUGCUCCCAAAUUCCCCUCUACGGCAUCAUGUCCUCGGAGUCGUCUGACCCCAUGUACUGGAUCCGCACCAUCCUGGCCUCGAACCGUGGCACCCUCAUGGAGCUCGGCAUCACUCCGAUCAUCACCUCUGGCAUGAUCAUGCAGCUCCUGGCCGGCGCUCAGAUCAUCGAGGUCGAUUACUCUCUGAAAGAAGACCGCGCUCUCUUCUCUGGCGCUCAGAAACUGUUCGCUAUGGUCAUGGCUGUCGGCACCGCCACCGUCUCGGUCUGGUCCGGUGUCUACGGCAACCCCAAGGAAAUUGGUCUCGGCAUCUCCAUCCUCCUUGUGCUCCAGCUCUGCUUUGCUGCCCUGAUCACCAUGCUCCUCGACGAGCUGCUGCAGAAGGGCUACGGUCUUGGAUCGGGCAUCUCGCUCUUCAUCGCCACCAACAUCUGCGAGACCAUCGUCUGGAAGGCCUUCUCGCCCACCACGUACAACACCGGCAAGGGAACCGAGUUCGAGGGCGCCGUCAUUGCUUUCUUCCACCUGCUCUUCACCCGCAACGACAAGUUCCGCGCCCUCAAGGAGGCCUUCUAUCGCCAGAACUUCCCCAACCUGAUGAACCUGCUCGCCACCAUCGUCAUCUUCGCCCUGGUCAUCUACCUGCAGGGCUUCCGUGUCGAGAUCCCCGUCAAGUCGAACAAGUUCCGCGGUCAGCAGGGCUCUUACCCCGUCAAGCUCUUCUACACCUCCAACAUGCCCAUCAUGCUGCAGUCGGCCCUCGUCUCCAACAUCUUCUUCAUUUCCCAGCUCCUCUACCGCUGGUUCCCUGACAACAUUCUUGUUCGCAUCCUCGGUGUCUGGAAGAACAUUGAUGGCGUUCCUCAGGACUCUGCUGUUGGUGGAUUCGCGUACUACAUCUCGCCUCCCAAGAGCCUUGCCGGUGCCCUCCUGGACCCCAUCCACUUUGUCAUCUAUGUCAGCUUCAUGCUUGCGGCCUGCGCCUUCCUGUCCAAGACCUGGAUUGAAGUCUCUGGCUCGUCUCCUCGCGAUGUCGCCCGCCAGCUGAAGGAGCAGCAGCUCGUCAUCCGGGGCCACCGCGAGGGAUCCAUGUACAAGGAGCUCAAGCGCAUUAUCCCCACCGCUGCUGCCUUUGGCGGUCUCUGCAUUGGCGCCCUCUCUGUCGUCGCUGACCUCUUGGGUGCUAUCGGCUCUGGCACGGGUAUCCUGCUUGCCGUCACCAUCAUCUACCAGUACUUUGAAAUCUUCUUGAAGGAACAGCACGAGCAGGGACAGAGCCUCUUCUAAAUCGUUUGAGAGAUCUGGCGCAAUAGGGCUCCGGCCAUCGUUUCCUCUCUUCCCUGCGACACCAGUUCAGUUCUGAGUUGACCUGGGACCGCCGACUAAGGAACGGCUCUUGAUCUGCCGAUCCGAUAGACAGCGCAUCACGCGCUUGGAGGAACCGCGAGCCGGAAUGUUGGUUGAAGGGUGGAUUGUUUGUGUCCUUGCUCUAAUUACAUACAGUCAAUUCAGAAAGAAACGUGACCGUUCCUUUAUGGCUUCAGUUCUCUGAACCCCGCUGACUGGCCGUAGGCCCCAGUGAGCAAGCCGUGAGAUUGUUUCCCGUCCUGGUUGGCAAUCGAGUGGUUUUGGUUGGUUUCGGGAGCACAGUCUUGAAUACACCCGGUCGAUCUCCUGUGGCGAUGAUC